ACGUGAUGCAUCUUAAUAACCUCGUACGAGGCUUCUUACGUACCCUCGCUAAUUAUAUACGUAGUACGCCUUUUCUACAUACCUCCUGCCUAUAGGUAUAUGAUAGCGCAAUACAGAACACAUGCCUGCCUAAAUGGAGGCAACCUCCUUAUGAGAACCCGUACGCACCCAGAGGCUCCUAUACGGAAGAUUCAACAUUAGUCCAUCCCGAAUCGAGUUGGUACGGCUUGGUACCGAUUCCUCGACAACGCACGCGCAUAGCGACCUAGUCGCAAUGGAACAGGAUGCUGUAGAGAAGGCGAACAGAAGGGAUGCGAAGGGAAAAGGCGUAGAGCUCAACAACGACCCAUCUUCGCCAUCGUCAUCUGCCGAGCACGAACUCUACCCCGGAUCCGCUGAGGCUCCGGCUGAGAACACCUCGAUGGCGUCCCGGUUGGGCACGUCCGCGACCAAACUCGCCCGGGAUAUCAUCCCAUGGCGCCCCAGCUCUGCGGAUAUGGCUAGCGCUGCUCCAUCUAACAAACCCGAGUGUUCCCGGGCUGGCCGGGCAGCAGGUAUGGACGAAGCCCAGAUCCACAGGGAUAACGCCUCCCAGGCGGUCAUAGACAGCAACGCAUUCAAGUCCGCCGAGACACCAGAGCAGCGCACCUCCGGCGAGUCGAUGUUUUCCAGUUUCGUAAACAGCACAAGCGCUCUCGAGGCGACGGAGCCUAGAGGGGUCGAGGGACGCGAUCGCAAGCACAGUCCUGAUAACGACGAGGUUCCGCCGAAGCAGAGAGCACCGACGGCAGUAAUUUCCACGGCUGACGGGAUCGAAGUGGCCAAUUUCCUCGAUUCGGGGUAUCAUGGCAUCGAAGAGCUACCACCGAUUUCCGAGGUAGACCGCGGCCAAGCGACGGCGCCGAAUCGCAUCCCUGAAGGCGGUAAUUCGGAGAGAAGACCUUGGGGGGGCCGUCUCAAUUUCUUCCCGGAUUUCGGACCAGAUAGCAACAGCAUCCAGCAGUACGCCGAAUUGCUUGGCACGCCGAACCUGGACGAAGCAAGGAGUAUAUGGGUCAGUCAGUGGGAGCAUGUCCUCUCAAGCUACACAGACGAGGUCUGGGGAGACUUUAUUCCCCUGGUGAGUGCGGCGCGAGAAGAGCUCCGUAGCCUCUCGGAAUCGCCCGGAGGAACCUCACAGACGGGGUUGAAAGCGUUGCAUCGGCUCCGGCAAAUUUUGGCGCACGUCGGUACCUGACCUAGCUGUGUAGCGCCGGCGUAGGUUUACCACCUUUUGAGUAGCAUCCAAUACGCAGAAAUGUAUAUGUAUAUGAGAUUAUCACAUUCGCCCUACUUUACUGAUGCCCCAGUGCCAGUUCACCUCACAGGUCCUUUCCUAUACAGGUAGGUAGGUCCCUAACCUAUAUCAUACCUACCUCUGCAUGUUUCGAGCCAUUUGUCGUUUAUCCCAAUCUGGAUAGAGAAGUGCGCACAAGCCGUGAAUAACCAUCAAAAUAUUCCACGGCCGGACUUGAGGAGC